AUGUUCGAUAUGCUCAACUCGGACGAGUUUAUGAAGAUGUCGCAAAGAAACUUAGCUGGCUGGAGUUACACCUUCUUUGACUACUGGUACCAUCAAGUUCCUGCUUACUUUGGAACUCUUCCAAUGCAACUGGCUAUGUCCGUUUUCGACCCCCUGACGUACGCUUCCCGCUACGCCGAUCAGCUCAUCUACAUCACUAACGCGGCUAACGACGAGUUCUUCCCCUUUGAUGGUCCUCUCUCUUACUGGGACAUGCUUCCCGGAAAGAAGCUUUUGCGAAUUCUUCCCGAUCAGGCGCAUGGCGGCAGCUGGGGAGGUUGGGAUCGGGACGAGUCCAGUGUUUCGGACAAAAUCUCGAGAACGGCCGUUCAAGAUGUGGGAGAGAUGGAAGAGAAUACUCAAGAUCGCCUCUGGCAGUCAGUCACCGCGCUUUACAAGGCUUUCCUUUCUGCGCCCGAGACGAUUCCCUCGAUUACGACGUCUUUCAACGAGACUGUAUCUUCCAUGACGCUAUCUGCGACAUCAUCAUUGGCGCCAGAAUCGACGAGAUCAUUCUCAAGAAAGUCAAAGAACGGAAAACGCGAUUGGCGACAGAUUUACUACGCCGGCGCAUCUGUCUGUGGAGCUGAAGGAAUUCCCGGAAUUGUGCCGAAUUUAAGACCAGAUUUCACUCCAUUCAAUCGGGUUGAUUCAACGGCUGAUGCGGAGCAGACUUUGAAUUUGGAGUCGACGGAGGAAAAUGUGUGGGACGGAGGCUUCAUCGAUUUCGUGUUCUCGCUAGAUGGCGAAGAAUUCAUCACUUCGAGUCUUCCUGGAGUAACUCCAUCCGACAAAUACCCGGGCGAGCCCUGCAGCGAUCCACUCUCAUGCCAAGGAUUCACCCCGAAAAAUGUCCGGAAGACCGAGAAAAUCACUGCUCUAACCCUAAUUUUGCCAUUUCGAACCUUCAAACCCGGAACCGGCUACGCGACAUUCGACGCUUUCCAAGUCACCAACACUGACAAAUCCGUCGAGUUCGAAUUCAACAUCGAUUUUCCUGCUGAAUUCGACCUGAACGCCACUGUUCCCGCUGUUUUCUCAUCAACUCACGAUUUUCUGGCGAAAACAACAACUGGCGGAAACGAAACAUGCGAGGUGAUCGAAGGAGAAGGAUUCGAUCUUCAGGAAAUUUGGAACGGCAAUUGCUCAGUCAUUUGCACUCUACCAUGCGAAGACGCUGGAGGACUUUUGUCUACUUCGCCAAAGUGUCAUUCAAGAGAAACGACCGAAUGCGGGCCUUAUGGCUCAUGCACUGAAGAAACUGGAUGCGUUUGCGACUUGGAAUCGAUGCCUGAACCAGAUCAAAUAAACAUCGACGACCAUGUCCACCUAUCUUGCAACUCAAGAGAUGAAAUGGUGGUAAAAGUCGACAAGUGUCUUAUGCAUCGAUUGGGAUUCAAACUAGAAGACUUGUCGAUCAACGGCAUCAAUCCUACCGACCCUCUCCAACCAUCUGGACUCAACACUUGCGUCGGAAAGCUCGAUUACGAGACUGAAACUGACUACAAGUUCGCUCUCUAUGGCGACGAGGCUUGUCGAAUGCAGAAAACUUCAAACGCAACACAUGACGUUUAUACUAAUGCCAUUUUCGGCAGCAUGUUUCAGGGCGAAAACGGAUCCAUCCAAACGGUAGAAGUAUAUUCAGAGUUUUCGUGCACAUUUGAAGGUAAGUCUUAA